GGUCCGGGGAAGGAAAGUAUUAAACAAUAGAUGACCCCCGAAAUACGGACGGGAAGGGAUGGAGGGAUGAAAGACAGUUUUGUACGAUACACUACCUACUCUUGAACUUCGACAGAAUUUAUACCUACCGACUUGGUGGAGGCCUAAGAUUACAUUCAAGUGCUCUUUCUCUUCUCAAGUUCCAUUUCCAUCAGCAAUCUUGAACCAUCUUCAUCACCUUGCCGACUCAGGUCGUCAACUUCCAUCUCCCAAUUUCCCCAAAGAAGGCCUUCCCAACCACAACCACCAACCACGACACCCUCACAACAUGGCUCCUCUAACACCCCCCAUCCUCGACGGCCACUCCCCCGCCGUCAUCGCCCAAACCUGCCAAACCUACAACCUCACCCCCUCCGAAUUCGCCCAGCUGCGCGACCGCGCCGUAGCCGCCAAAGCGACCUCGUACAGCCCCUACAGCAAGUUCAAGGUCGGCGCCGUUUUGCUGUCCAACGGCAAGGUCGACGACGCCGUCACGGGAGAGAGAACAACUACGGCUCCCGAACAGACGUAUACGCCGGGCGCCAACGUGGAAAACGCCAGCUACCCGGUAACCACGUGCGCGGAGCGGGUAGCCUUUGGCCGGGCGAUUACCGAGGGACACCGCGGGUUUAAGGCGGUGGCGGUGGCGACGGAUAUUAGUCCUCCUGCUAGUCCUUGUGGGAUGUGUAGGCAGUUCAUCCGUGAGUUUUGCGAGUUGAGCAUGCCUAUUCUUAUGUUUGAUAAGGAUGAGAAUUUCAGCGUUUUGAGGCUUGAGGAUCUCCUCCCAUUGUCGUUUGGCCCUGAUCAGAUGGGCAUUGAGGGCUCUGCUUAACUGUUUUCGCAUGGCUGUCUCGGGGAAAGACGCAGUAGGGUCUCACGACUAUUUAUGGCUUGAUGACUUUGAGCAACCAACCCUGGGGUGGAGCGGAAGGUUCAGGGAGUGAGGGUCAUGUAAACAUAGGAGCAAAACUCGAUGUACUCUCUCCAUCACGCGGUUUUCGACUCACUUCUGGACGUUCCAGCUGAGG